AUGUAUAUAUUUUCUAUAUUUACAACACUGUUUGUUUUUUCUUUCAUAGAGAAAACCCAAAAUAUCAGCAUCUCGCAAGCUCAUGCUUAAGAGCAUGAUGGUUGCCAGGGCAACAGAGGAGCUGGAGCAGGAGUUGGAGGAGAAGGAGGAGGAGAAGACAAAGUACCUGGAGGAGAAAUCGCCGCCCCUUCAGACCGGAAGCAUGUCUCUGGAGGACCUGCAGGCACUGUGCCAGGAGAUCCACUCCAAAAUCACUGUGGUGGACGAGGAACGCUACAACAUCGAAGCAAAGGUCAUGCACAACAGCAGAGAGAUCAAAGACCUGAACAUCAAGGUGCUGGACCUGAGGGGUAAGUUCAAACGGCCCGACCUGCGGCGGGUGAGGGUCUCUGCGGACGCCAUCCUGCGCUCCCUUCUGGGCUCCAAACACAAGGUGUCCCUGGACCUGAGGGGCAACCUCAAGUCCGUCAAGAAGGAGGACACCGAGAAGGAGAAGACAGCGGAGGUUGGCGACUGGAGGAAGAACGUCGAGGCCAUGUCAGGCAUGGAGGGCAGGAAGAAGAUGUUCGACGCAGCCAACCAGUGAAUGACAUAACUCAACGGUCAGGGCACGCCCGGACUGGUUCGGUCGGUAACCAUGGAGCUCAAUCAAUCUUUGUGUGGCACGGCCCUCUUUCAAAGUCUCAAAGAUCCAAAGUCUCAAAGUCUCAAAGUGAAUCCUGUGCUCUGUGUUUUUCUACAGAAGCAUUAACGUCUGGGUUUCCUCCCCAGGCAAACUUAUCCUACUGUUUAAUUUCCACGCAUAGUCAAUAAAAAAAUUCUAAAUGUAUAUUUUAUUGUAACAUGCCUUUUUGUUUCUCCUACCCGUGUCUUGGUGUGUGUAAGCUUAAUAUUAAAGUCGAUAUCUAUCUAUAUUCUCUAAAUACUGCAUCAGAACUUGGCUGAUAGUUCAGGAUGUUAGCCGUGAUUUAACUGAUGACAUACAGGGCAAAACAGCAUCACCUUAUUGUGUUGGUUAACCUGCCUGAUACAGUAAAAAUAUAGCAUAAAGCACUUUGUUUAUAAAUGGACUUACAUUUUAUGUUUCAAAUGGAAGAAAGAUAGAAGGUGAAAACAGAAAUUCAGAAAUGCAAAGCCAGCAUGGAAAGAUGUAUACACUAGGGGGCAGUAUUUCAGUAUAAUCCGGUCGGGCCUAACAACAACGGGUCGUUUUGGGGCCAACGAUCUUUCAUUCCUGAAAGACCAACACAAAUGGCAUACACCGUCCAUUACUACGUCUGUGUCGCCUUCCACAAAACACCAUUGUCUUAGGAGUUCAACAAUUACAACAUAAGUCGACAAGAAGCGACUGCAAGUCCGAAUUCUGUUGAUCUUUGUUUGAAUGAAAUAAAAUACAACAAAUGCUUGGUUUUGUGCUUGAUGAGCAGCCUAGAGCUA